AUGGCGACCUUAGCUGAGCAACCACGCAGCCCGUAUAGUACGACGACGAAGCUCGAGCACCUCCAACAACAGCUUCCAAACAAAACAUACAGUCACAUAUGGGUCUUUGCCGGUCAGCCCAUCUCGACAAGGCUCACGACGUCCCGUCACGGCGAGUCGUCGGACAGAACAGUAUCAACCCCCGCGCGGCAGAGCACCAGACAUGCGGCACGCUACAAACGAUGCCAAACAACACUACAGAUCAGACAGACUUGUCCACUGUCGCCUCCCAAAACAUGGUGGCGAGGGAUUUGGUUCCCCUUCGUUACCAGGCAACGUCUGAGGAAACCGCGCAGGGGCUCUCAUACUCAGUAA